AACUCCGAAGCUGACGUCGAGCGUUUUCGGUUCGUAGUUGCGUCAAUCAGCCCACUGCGUACAACAAGUGAAUCGAGCCGGACAUAGCGACAGCAAGAACAUCCCGACAUGGCAGAAACGGCAACUGAACUCUCGCCCGUUGUUUCCAUGGAAGGGAAGAAAAAUACGCUGACAAAAAAACCGGAAACGUCCACCCGUAAUUGGGGCCUGCUAUCCAGUGUUGACGUAAGUCUGUUGCCACAGAAGGCGUACUUCUUUUGUUUCGGGUACGCCUUUGGAUCAGUUGCUCCCUUUCUGAAUGGGUAUUUCAAGCAGCGUGGUAUGACCGAUGAGCGAAUUCGUAUCAUGACCGGAGUUCGCCCAUUCAUCGGAUUCGUCAUGAUACCGCUAAUCAAUAUCCUUGCGGACCGUUAUCAAAGACGGCAAAAUUGUUCUUAUGGUCGCUCUGGUGUCGCUUAUACUUAUGAUGUCUACAAUGGGCAUGAUACCGCCCCCUACGGAGAAACCAUGUAGAGCGAUUCAGGAACAUUUUGGAAACUCUUCUAACACCACGCGCUCCCACUUCCAGGGCCUCUUGGGUGGAGGAGGUGGCGUGGGCGGCAGGAAGCGUUCUUUGGAUCCUUUCGCUCGAUACAUACGACAAUCGGACGAGUACAUUCAGGUAGAAUUCAACAAUGAAUCUAAUAUUGACAUCCUGGUGGACGAUAUGGAAGGAGAAAAACUCCAAGACAGGAGUUGGUUGUAUACCGCAAGCAGUCUUAGUAGCUUGUUCGCAGGGUAUAUGGCUUUGUUUAUAAUUGGAGAAAUGCUGACGUCACCAACCGGAAGUCUUGCCGACACUGCGACUCUGUAUUCUCUUGGGAAGGACGAUCUUACCUACUAUGGUCACCAGAGGGCGUGUGCUGCUAUCGCUCAUAUCCUGUCAUGUUUUCCAGCGGUCGCCAUUUUGAAACUAUCUCAUCUGGUCAUGUACAGAUGUGAUAUCACCCUCGAUUUCUUUCAUUAUAAGAUUCUAUUCUUUAUUUUUGAUGGAUGGAUGAUAAUGACAAUACUUAUCGUCUACUUCAAAUUCGACUAUGGGGAUGACAAAAAGACUUCAACUUAUAACCCCAAAGGCCUCUUUAAGAUGCUGACAUCCGCUCAUUACGGGUCCAUAUUGGCUAUAGCGUUUUACUUCGGUACAUGUAAUGGUCUUAUUCACGGAUUUUUCUUUGGACAUAUGAGAGACUUAGGUGCUGAUGACACUCUACUUGGUGUAGCCACAUUUAUUUUGUAUGGUUCGGAAGUAUUAAUGUUCUUCCUGGCGCACACCAUGAUAAAGAUGUUGGGCUAUAUUUGGGUGAUGUAUUUUGGAUUAGGGUGUUAUGUUGUCCGGUUUCUGAUGUACGCUCUAAUCACGAACCCAUGGGGAUUGAUACCAGCUGAAAUUUUACAAGGUGUAUCUUAUGCCGCAGUGUGGGCUUCAAUGACGACAUAUAUGGCCAAAGGAGUGUCCUCCGACAACUAUGCAACAGUCUUGGGUCUUCUGCAUGCUAUGUACUGGGGCCUUGGUAACGGUGUUGGCAACUUUGUUGGCGGCGCUAUGAUAGAUGACCUUGGUGCCAAAUAUACAUUCUGGGUUUUCUGCAUACUGAGUGCCUUGAUUUUGGCCUUGUUUGCAUUUAUUCAACGGAUGUACCCAGAAGGACCAACAUUUGUGGGUGAUUACUCAGAAAUCGAAGGGGAAACACUGAUCGGCGACACUCAACCGACACUCUAUACAUCACCCCCUGACAAUGAUUUUGGCCAUGCCAUGUUGGACACCGAGGAAGCUCCCCCGCCAAUGGAAGAAGCCAAAAUGAUGCUGAAGCAAACAGACUCGGAGCUUCAGGAAGACCCUGCAGCUGACGAGAAGCAGGACAACCCUUUUGCUGAGGAUACUUCCCCGGCGGCUGUGACACAGGAAGAACCUGAAGAAGAAGAAGAAGUAGAAGAAGAGGAUUCUCCAGCUGAAGAAAGCGAUGAUAAUGUUUAAUUAUCCGAUGAUGAUGUUGGCAUCAGCUGUUAGACUUUUGAUACUAAUUAUAUCACCCGCAAUGAAUGUGUUCAAUGUAUUUUUGUAAGUGGAUCUACAUGAUUUAGAAUGUGCAUGACACUGGUGAGUAGAGCGUUGUCACCAGAUGUGGCAGAAAGUUAUAGCUUCGGGUAAGUAUGACGUAACUAAAUAAUGGACACCUGCCUGAAAUAUUGAACUAUAGAAAAUAAAUAAGCAAACUGUGAGCUAUUAAUUUAGCUGCAUGACAUAGAAGUGCAGAGGACCGUAUUUUAUUGUAACCAUACGUUCAGUUCUGCUAUGCGAAUUCUACAGAGUAGUUGUA